GUGGAAUUACCAUAGAAAAAUGAAAUUAUUUGGGAGGUACACAUUCUCCAUAGUGUAAUGCCACCAUAAAAGGAAAGGAUUCUGAAAUAUGUCGUAAAAAUAAUAAUUUUACAGGUUAAGGGAAAUUCAUUUUUUCAAGAUGGACGUUCAGUAUUUCGAUGCCACAUUUCAGAACGUUGCCGUGCUUAAACAUCUGUGGUUUGAACGUUCAAACUUGAACUUCAAAACUUUAGUGAAGAAAUAACUAUUAGCAAGGCAAUUCGAAUGUUUGAGUUGUAUUAGAAUAUACAAACUGAAAAUGGCUGAGAUACAGUAUAAUAGUUCUUCAGAUUCAGAGGGCUCAGAUGUACUGGAGGGAACACCUGUGAAAGAAAAUUGCAAUAAAACACUAAUCAUUCCACCACUUAUUACCAGAAAUAUUCAGCUUCAGUAUCCCACAUUAUCCAAACCUGAAGGAUCUCUCUUGAAGAAAAAUGACAAAUUGUGUUCUGUAAAUCCUUCUUCAUCUAGCCAUACAUAUCACGCGAAGUCAUCUGCCACUAAAAAACAAACUCAGUCUAAGAUGAAAGGUAAGAAAGUGGGCACGUUAAGGAGUUCAAGUUCUCCACAGGGACAUGUAAGUUCAGAAGAGACUGAUAAGUAUGAAAAGAUACAUACAAAUAUGUCACUGCAUUCUACUUCAUCUUCUUCUCCUUUGUCAUCUGGAGAGUCAGAUGAGGAUGUAAAUUAUAUAAAGAGGGGCAGAAGAUACACAAUUGAGUCAACUGAUUCAGAAGUUUCUGAGACAGAAGAAUCAUUGCAACCUCAGAUGGUAGCAUCAGAAGUGAGUAUAUAUGGACGGAGAAGGAAUAUAAUACUUCUAUCAGACUCUGAGGAAUCUGUGACAGAUAAGGCAGAGGUUCUAGCUGUGUCUGAUUCUGGAACUGUAGAUGUGUUAGAGAAAAGUUCCACAAUGCAUGAUAUAUCAAGAAGUGUAUACAGGGAGAAAGAACUUAUAGAGUCAUCAGAUUCUGAAGGAAGAUCAGUUAAUGAAGGAAUAGGAAGACCAUCUAUAUCUGACGAACCUUCUCUUGAAAUUACCCCAGAUGAAAAUGCUUCAAUACAAGAAGUGGAAUCUGACAGUGAAAAUGGAAAUCCUGUUUUGGAAACAUCCAGUUCAGGAAAAUUUUCAGUUCAGGACAAAGGUUUUAAAUUAUCAAUCCACAGUACUGAAGAGAUAAAUGACUGUUCAGUAAAGACAGUUAAAAAAUAUGAUCAUACAUCAGAUGGUGGUGUUAAGGAGCAUACUUCAGAUGGUUGUGAGACAGUGCAAGAAAAUGUAAAUGUGAAUAAAACGAAAUCGUAUUGUCUUAAAAGUGAUGCAAGUUUCAAUGAUUGUACUAUUCUCAAGGAGUUUCCAACUGCUCAUUUAGCACAAACAAGUGUAAAUUUCCAGAAUGAUUUUCAGCCUAAUAUAUUAACUCCUGAAUUGUAUGUAUCCAAACAGACAGUUCAGUCCAAUAAACUGCAAUAUCUUGAACAGAGUUUGCAAGCUGUGACGAUUUCAGAAAAGAAAAAUCCAGGUGUUUCUUCUGCCGACACAGAAACGCUCAUUAUUCAAAAGAUACGACUGCAAUCUGAAACUGCUUCAGUGAUAAGAGAAAUUGAAAAGUUAAAGAUGAUACUAAGAAGUACAAAUCUUGCAAACUUACCUGAUCGUGGUACCAGACUUCAAAUGUCUCUGACUGAGAAGGAAAUCAAGUUGAAGAAGCUGAAAGAGCAUUGGAAGUCAUCAAAUUUUGAUACAGUCUCAGAUGCAGUUGAACAUGUAAGAAAACCAGACAUUUAUGAGUUUGAAGAUGAUGCACUGGUCUCAAGUUUACCAAAAGAUCCAGCAGGCACGAUACAUAGAAAGACAGCAUUCUUAGGCUCAAUACCUUCUACAACUGGAAUGGGACAAAGAGCUCUACAGACUCACAGGGCAGAGAAAGCAAUGACUGCGGAUACAUUAAAACAUCUUCAUGUUACACUGAAGUCAUGUCCUGGAGAAGAUGUAAUUGCUGAAGACCCAAAAACUUUAAGCUCCAGUGUCGAAUUAAUGCCACAUCAGAAACGUGCAUUGGCAUGGCUUAUGUGGAGAGAGAGUCAUAAACCUUAUGGUGGAAUUCUUGGUAUGUUUUUUAAUUUAAUAUCACAGGGUGUAGCAUAAAGUUUGCAUGUUUCA